AUGGAAAAUGAUAAAAUAGGAAUUUCAACAACGCCUACUAGAGUUACAAGAUCAUCAACAAAAUCUGUAAAUGUUGAAAAAAUUUCUAAAUGUCGUUCAAAAUAUAGUACUACUUCAAUGCCUAUAUCUAAUAUGUCAAGAAGAAAUCAAACUUAUCCAUGGUAUAGUCGUCCAAUACAUUUUAUAUUUAAUAAUCGAAAGUCAAAUAAUCAAGAAUCUAAAAUAAAUUCACAAUUAACCUGCCCAAGUACUUCUACUAAUAUAAAUAAAGAUGGUAAUGAAUAUUGUCAUGAUAAAAAUAUGUCUAAUUUAUCUAAUGAGAAUAAUAAAAAUUCUAUUGAUAUCAAGAAAGAUACACCAACAUUUUCAUAUGAAAGAAAAGAUAUAACAUCUAUUGAUAAUAAUAAAAGAAGAUUUUCUCUUGCACGAUUUGCCCUAAAGAAAUUUUCAUAUAUAAAAAAAAAUGAAAAAGUAUGUUUAAAUCACGAAACAAAUUAUCCAGUUCAAUGUUUAUAUACAGAUGAAAAUGAAUCUCCAUCAAUAUCAGAUAGUAUUGAACAAUAUUCUAAUAAUGUUCUAGAUACUCAUAAUAAUUCUAAUGAUGAUGAAUAUAUUAAAAAAUAUAAACUUUUUUAUGGUGCAUUUAAAAAUUCAGGAAUUAAAAAAAAAUAUUCAUAUAGUAAAAGAAAAAGAAGUCUAGGUCCUAGUAUGUCAUUGGAUCCAAAUAAAUUAAUAAGAGAUGAAUCAAUAAAAAUUAAAAAUGAUAAAAGAAGACAUAGUAUUGAAUCAAUUCAACAUUUAAGUAUAAAUUUAGUAGAUGAUACAUUAAUUGAUAAAUGUAAUACAAAGUCAAUUGUAAAAUGUUAUCAUUGUCAACUAAUUGAAGAUUGUCAUGCAUUUUUACUUAAAACAGAACUUGAAAAUGCUGUUAUAAAACUUGCAAACAAUUUAAAGGAUUCUUCAUGUGGUUAUUCACAUAAACCAUGGUUAUAUCAUGACUAUAUAAAUGAAAGCAAAAAAAAAUUCGCAAAUAAUACACAAACAACAAAUACUUCUACUAACACUGGAGAUUCACCAAUCGCAAAUGCAAUUAAUGCACAUGCACGUAGUACACCUGAUAUUGUUGUAUCAUCUAUUUGCUCUGAAGAUGAUGAUAAUGAUAUAACAAAUAAAAAUAGUGAGAAUGGAAGUAGUAUAGCAAAUAGUUCUCCAAAUUCACCAAUUAUAUGUAAUUCUCCAUCAACGACAAUACAAUUAUAUAAUACAGUUAAUCAUAAAUAUAUAACAUAUCCAGAGAUUAAUUCUCAUAUUGAAGGAAUUACAUCUAUUCAUGAAAAUACAAUAAAUAAUCAUUCUGAUGGAUUAAUUAUGAAUGAACAAACAACAUUAAAUAUUAUUAAUGAAAAAAAGAUUGAAAAAGAUAAAACAAAUUUUCAACAAAUGGAUUGUUUAAAAUUGCCUAGUAAUUCGUUAACAUCAUCCACUCAUUCUGAUUCAGGUUCUCCUCCUCGUUCUAAUAGUAUUGAUCUUUCAACAUUACGUCGUGAUAUUGAGAUGUAUAGUGUUAGUUCUAAUGAUAGUGAAUGUGGUGGAGGAAUCUCAGAUUUUGAAAGUGACUACUGUCCUACACCAGCUGAAAGUAUUCGUACUAUACGUUCAAAAUCAUAUGAUCCUUCUAGUACAGCCACUGAAGUUCUUAGACGUGGUAGUAGAAUUGAUCAUCUUUCAGAAAUGUUUAGAAAAGCAUUAGCAAAAUCUCCAGUUGCAAAAAGAGCUGUUGUUGAAGAUCCUAUAGCAAAAACUAUUACAAUUAAUAGAACAUCCAAUUAUUGGUUUUCAAAUGAUAUAUUAUCUACUGAUCAUAUAUGGACUAAAUCAACAGGAUUAACCUCAUCAAGUACUAUUGAUACAGAAUGUUAUGCGGCUGAUAAAGGAUGCUAUCAUGCCGGAGAUAAACGUCGUUGUCUAGCAUGUCAUAUCGUAAUUCAUAAUAAUUGUACACCAUUACUAUCAAGGAAUGAAAUGGGUUGUAAACCAAGUUAUUAUGAUAUGACUGAUAAAAAAAACAAAUUAUUAAAAUGUCAGAUUGAAAAUAUUCAAAAACAUCAUUGGGUUCAUAGAUGGAGAUGUGAAGGUAGAUGUGCACAUUGUGGUAAAUCAUUUCAGCAAAAAAGAUUCCGUGAAAAAGAUAUAAUAGCAUUAACAUGUUCUUGGUGUAAAUUAACAAUACACAGUAAAAAACCAUGUUUUAAUAUUGAAAGAUUAGAAGAAGAUUGUGAUUUUGGUCAACUUGGAUCUUUAAUACUUCCUCCUUCAUGGUUAUUAAAAUUACCAAAUAAUAAGAAAAAACAUCGUCAACCACCAAAUACAUCAGGAUUAAAAAAUAAAGAUAAAAGAAAAACAUUUCGUUUUAUUGUUAAACCAAUUGAUUGUGAUUAUGGUAUACAAAAACAUCCUUUAUUAGUUUUUGUUAAUCCAAAAAGUGGUGGUAAUAAAGGUGCUAAAGCUUUACAAACAUUUUGUUGGUUAUUAAAUCCACGACAAGUUUUUGAUAUAACAGCAUUAAAAGGUCCUAAAUUUGGGUUAGAAGUAUUUCGUAAAAUUGGUUCAAGAUUAAGAAUAUUAAUAUGUGGUGGUGAUGGUACAGUUGGAUGGGUACUUAGUACAUUAGAUUCAUUAAAUUGGCCUAUUUAUCCUCCUAUGGCUGUUAUGCCAUUAGGAACAGGAAAUGACUUAUCUAGAUGUAUGGGAUGGGGUGGUGUAUUUAAUGAUGAACCUUUAUCACAGUUAUUAAAAGCAAUUGUUAAUGAUACAAGUAUUACAUACCUAGAUAGAUGGAAAUUAAAUGUCCAACCAAAUGCAAAUGUUUCAUUAGAUAAUGGAGAGGAAAUUAAUGAUGCUCUUCAAAGCUCUCUUCCUUUAACUGUAAUGAAUAAUUAUUUUAGUAUUGGUGCUGAUGCUCAUGUUGCAUUACAAUUUCAUCAUUCACGUAGUGCAAAUCCUCAAAUGUUAAAUAGUCGUUUUAAAAAUCGUAUUGCAUAUGGUGGACUUGGAACAAUUGAUUUAUUUAAAAGAGCAUGGAAAGAUUUAACUGAAUAUAUAAAUGUUGAAUGUGAUGGUAUAAGUAUAACACAACGUCUUAAAGAUAGUAAAUUUCAUUGUAUUUUAUUUCAUAAUAUUACAUAUUAUGGUGGUGGUACAACACCAUGGGGUAAUGAAGAAACAGAAACAAUGCAAAAACAAUCUUGUUGUGAUGGUAAAAUAGAAGUUUUAGGUUUUACAACAGCAACAUUAGCUGCAUUACAAAUGGGUGGUAAAGGUGAAAGAAUUGCUCAAUGUUCAUCAGCAAAAAUAACAACAACUAAAGCAAUACCAAUGCAAGUUGAUGGUGAACCAUGUCUUUUAGCACCAUCAACAAUUUUUAUAUCAUUUCAUAAUAAAGUACCAAUGCUUAAAAAAGAAAAAAAAUCUAAUACAACACCAGGAUUAAUAAAAAAAAAUAAAAAUAAAUUAAGUGUAUCACAAACAAAUACAAUUACACUUGUUAAUGUUAAAAUACCUGUAAUAGUUGUUGGAAAAGAAGAUUUUGACAUGUAUAGAGAUUCAUUUGAUAGACUUAAAGAUACUGCAUUUGAAUUAGGAAUAAUUAAUGUAGAAGCAGAAUUAGAAUUAGAACAAGUAAGAAUUCAAGUACAAAAAUUAUUAUCUGAUCAUCCAGCUUUACCAUAUGAACCUGAAAAAGAUUGGAGCUUUUUGGAUUAUGUCUCAAAUUCUGAAGAAGGAACUUUUAAAGUUUCUAAACAUUAUGAAAUAUCUCAAACAGUAGCGGAUAUUUGUAAUGUUGACGAUUGUAUAGUUAUUCUUGAUGACUCUUUUCCAUCGUUAACAGAACGUGCUCAAGUAAUUGGAAAUGAUUUAGCAUUUACACCAUCAAUUGACUAUGAAAAAAAACCAAGUACAACUGAACAUUCAUUAAAUGAGGCUUUACGUCUUGUUUUAAAUAGCGAUCAAAAAGAAACUCACUUAUAA